AUGGAACCCAAAAAACGGCACCGCAUACUUCAUCAAAUACUCCUCCGCCGUCAUCUUCAACUCAUACCCCCCGAGCCGGAACUCCACCGCAUCCCCCUCGUGCCCGUCGACGUCCCGCGUCGCCACGCUGUCCAGCAGCGCAAUCGUGCGCUCGCACCGCGCAAUCAGCCUCUCCACCGUAUCCUCAUCGUCGGGCCACACGUGGACUGUGAUCCCGGCCAUGCGCGUGAGCGACUUCUUGGCGAUGUUGGAGACGAGCAGGACGUGGCCUGGCAGGGGAGCAUGCCCUCGAUGAGCGUGGCGGUUAGGAUGGAGUCGGGGGAGUCGGGGAAGUGGAGGGCUGCUUUGGCGAGGAUGCGGGAGAGGACGGCGAGGCCGGUUUUGAAGUGGGGGAUGGAGGCGUUGUAG